UUUUGACAGUAAUCACAAAAAACGUACUAUCGGAAGUGUUUAUAUCAGUGUAAAAGCACAAGUAAUUAUUAAUAGGAAGUUAAAUUCAAAGGAAGAAAGUUAUGUACCGUAAUUGACUUGAUAAAAAUACGUUUCUUGAAGAACCAGCGAAAGAAAAUCGUCGAAAGUAUGGCAGCCAGUAACGACUCCGUCAAACUGGAGAAGCACCUCAAACUCCUCAAAGAAGAGUACACCAAGUUGCAGAGAAACUAUGCUGAGCUGGAAAGAAAAUACAGCAAGGCUGCAGCUUCCAGCGAUGAUCACGAUCUGGGCGAAUUUAGCAGUUUCGUAUCAAGACUUGUGAUGACGGUAGCAACUUUAUAUGGACGUACGACCUACUCGGAUAUUUCUGUCAAGCUAAAGGACAAAAUUAUGCCGGCACAUAAAUUUGUUUUAAACGCACGCAGUGAGGAGUGGCGUGAAGAAGUAAUAAUCAAUCAAUCUGAACUAGAUUGGACCGAUCUGGACGCCGAUGUCGGUUAUGCUUUGCUCCGGUGGAUCUAUACUGAUGUAGUAGAUUUACAGCAUGACUCCCUUGCAUUAGAUUUGCUCAAGACGUCGCAUCGAUUCAAGCUACCAGGCCUGAUGGGUCUGUGUGAGCGCGCAUUGGUUUCUUCGGUUUCCGUUCGUUCCUGCGUAAGAUUUUAUUGUGUGGCUGAGGAGGUCGGUGCCGCAAACUUGCUUGAGUAUUGUUCCGGGCUGAUUUCUACCCACUGGGAAGACCUAACGCCCCAAGAUUUCGAACAUAUGUCUGGACCGCUGCUGUAUAAGAUGCUGAAAAGUAAAACCAAACAUCCUCUACAUGCUGCGGUCCGCUUACUACGCGAGGAUGUAGUUUUCUUGUGUCUGGUAGAGAACGAUGGAACGCUAACUGAGAUUGUGAAUAGUUUGUCUCCACAAGGUCAACUACCAUUGGGACUAGCUCUGAUGGGCCGAAGCACAGCUAUAGCGCAGACCCUACUUGAAACCGGAGGGGCCGACAUAAAUGCCUUUACUUCGGAUGGUUGCACGCUUCUGGUGGAUUCGGUUAGACGAGGAGACGGCUUUGCAGCUCAGUUUCUGCUUGACAAAGGCUGUAACGUUGAUAUGAUAACGCGUGAUACAUCGGAUACUGCACUGCAUUUGGUUUGCACGUACGCGGAAAAAAGUACUGAUUCGGAAACAUUCCGGGAUAUGCUGAGUGUUGGUAGACAACUACUAAAAUGGCGUGCUGAUCCAAAUAUGCAGAAUAUGAAGGGAUACACACCUCUUCACAUUGCCAUCACUUCUCAGAAUAUCGAUAUGAUCGACGAGCUGCUCAGUGAUGGUGUAUUGAAUGUAGAUACUAACAUUUGCACGUUGGAUGAAAAAUGUGCCUUGCAGUUUGCCCUGAUGCCUCCUCAUACGGAUGGUCCACCAUUCGAUCUAGCACGGCGAUUGUUGGAGAAAGGAGCGAGACCUAAUACAGUAAAUUCGGAAACUGGAGACAGUCUACUUCAUUCUCUAUCCAAACACAAAUUUGAGGACGCUGCUGUCUUUUUGGCAGACUAUGCAAACUUAAACCAUAUUAACAAAGCGGGUCUGACUCCGCUGCAUGUAGCGGCUAUGAAUGGACUAUCCAACUUAAUUAGUGCGCUUCUAGAGAAAGGAGCUUCACCAAACCUCCAAUCGGGGGUUGCAGAACUCAAAACUGCUCUACAUUAUGCAGUAGAGUCGAACAGUGUGGAGGUUAUAAUGGCAUUCAUUGAACACAAAAAUGCAUCCGCAGAGUCAUUCGAAGCUAUUGAUUUCAACUUGAAAAAUGCUCUUGGUGACUCACCAUUGAGUCUGGCUCUUGCUCUCGGUUACAAUGAAUUAGUACCUCUGCUGAUAAAGGGUGGUGCAGACGUGAAUGCUAGGAAUGGACAAGAUAUGACCUUAUUACACCAAGCAAUUUUAAAAGAGGAUUCAGACACGGCAGUUUUUUUACUCAACCAAGGGGCAGAUAUGAAUGCAUUGACUGCAGAUCAAGAAUCUCCCCUUCAGCUCGCUAUCCAUUGUCGUUUGGUGGAUGUAGUUGAUGCAUUAUGCACUCGCGGCGUCUCAUUGAGUUCGCCAGAUAAUAAAGGAGAUUGUCCCCUCUGGUCGGCAUUGGAAUCGGAGCAGUUUGACAUCGCUUCUGUACUUGUUCGGCAUGGUGUUGAUACUGACUGUUGGGGGACAGGUCCAGAAGGUUGCCUACAAAGCCUCUUGCAUCGUGCUAUCGAUGAGAACAAAGAACAGGCUGCACAGUUUCUUAUCAGAAGUGGUUGCGAUUUGGAUUCACCGAGGCAACCAGGACCACAAGGCCAAGGUGGCGAUGAAGCGAAAGAUAAAGCUUCUCCUUUGCAUUUAUGUUGUCAGUGGGGGCUGCGGAACGUUCUUCACACUCUAAUUGAUCACGGAGCUAAUGUGAAUGCUGUUGAUUGCGACCUCAAAACGCCAUUGCAUGUUGCAAUAGAAAAUCAACACGAAGAAAUAAUCGGCAUUUUAUUGUGCCACCCAGGAAUCGAUUUAAAAAUUCGCGAUAAAUCGGGUAACACACCUUUUGCAGCGGCUUUGCAAGUAAGAAACAAUAAAGCCGCACAGAACAUCUUGGAGCGACUUCCAAACGCCGCUGAACAAAUGGACCAAAGAGGCCGAAAUUUUUUGCAUUUGGCUAUAAUGAAAGACGAUCUGGAGUCUGUCUUGUUUCUGCUUUCGAUACACGUGGACGUCAACUCCAGAGUACACGAUGUCAAUCAAACGCCACCGUUGCAUUUGGCCGCUGCUUCAGAAAAAGAGAUGUUAAUUCGAAAUCUUAUUUUAGCGGGAGCUCGACUAAAUGAUCGGGAUGCGACACAAAAAACAGCCCUGCACAUUGCCUCAGAACGAGGUACAGUGGCCGCUGUGUCAGCUUUACUCCAAAACGGUGCUGAUUUCGAUGCCGUUGAUGGCGAUGGUAACAAUGCACUGCACAUUGCCGUCCGUGAGGGUCAUAUAUCCGUGGUACGUGAGCUUCUUACUGAAUCCGAGCUGAAUGCAGAAGCUGUUAACUUGAAAGGGAGAAAUCCCUUGCACGAGCUUUGUCGCAGUGGGAAGGACAACACUGCUGCCAGCAUUUUAGAACUGUUUCUCGAGUGCAUGCCCAAAUAUCCUAUUAAUGCUCCGGAUUUGCAAGGUAACACGUCCCUUCUGCUAGCCUAUAUGAGAGGGCAAGCUCAGUUAUGCAGAAUUUUGGUUAAAAACGGUGCUUGCCUUGGAGCUGAGAACAAAGAGGGGUUGACCAUUUUUAAUUAUAAACUUGCUACCAAUCAGCUGCUCCAUCGGUUGCUAGAUGAACUGCCUCAAGAAUCGCCAUGGGCAACCUCGGAGCUCUGCCAAGAGUGUGGAACCAAAUUUACUCUCACAAUGCGGAAACAUCACUGUCGCCAUUGUGGGCGGAUUUUGUGUAGCCGCUGUUCGAAUAACGAUGUACCGAUUAUUAAGUUUGGCAUCAACAAACCCGUUCGAGUGUGUUGCGUCUGCUUCGAGGUUUUGCAGGUAGGCAGCGGAGCGUAAGUUUUACGUAUUAUACAUGGGUUUUCAAAAACCAUGUACGUACAAAUAUACCUACUGUACGAUAUAUGUACCUUUGCUUAUUUUCGCAACCAGUGCAUGCCAUAGGCGAUUAGUCUAUCGCCAUUUUGGCGUUCUACAAAAGUUUAUAUUCGUUCGCAUUCGGUUUCAGCAAUACCGUCUAUUCUUAACCAAGUUAUAACACAUUCAGAAUUUUGUUUUUAUUUGUGUUUCUUGUCGACGAUCUAACACGAUCUAGCACAUAGUUGUGUACGUCGAAAUGACCACGUAAUAAUCAAAUCUUCAUAUAUUAUGACGAAAAUGUUCACAAAUUCUCGGAUUAUACCGACAGUUAUAAAUACAAUCUCGAAUAAAAUACAUAAA